AUGAGGCAAUUUUGGACAUUGACAGAUGAUCACUCGGGGGAGAUGGAAUCGGACGUAAUCGAAGGCUACAGAACCAUCAAGAACACAUGCAGAUUACUCAUGAUGAUGCACUGUUCCAAUGCAGCUGGGUUCCUUGUGGCAGCCAUGAUAUCAUCAGACAAUAUUUUGCCGAUUGAAUGCUACAGACCAGAAUGGAUCGGAUAUUCAUUUCUUCUGUUAUACCAGGAAGGAGUGGCUUUGCUGACGAUUCUCAUACCUGUAAUGGCAAUGGAUUUUUUCUUCAUGGCUACUUUAAGAUUAACUGAGAUACAAUUCAGGUUAUUGAAUAGGGAGAUCAAGAAUAUGUUCAAGAUAACAGAAGAUGUUCCGAAAGAGUUAUUUUCCAUAAUCGUUGAAGACAAACUCAAGAGAUGCGUGGAACGUCAUAAUUUUUUAUUGAGCUAUGUCCAACUGAUUAAUGAAACUUUUUCUUCAUCUCUAUUGAUAUUUCGGACCAUAAUUAUCAUGUCCAUGUGCGUGGAGAUGUACAUCUUGUCUACAGAGUGA